GUGAGUUCUCGCGUUGUUUUCCCUCCUGCAACGGAAGAGGGGAGGAGCUCCGCCCGCCUCUUUUUCUCCCCUCACCCGUCCUGCUCGCGCCGCCCGUUAACGCUCGUGCUCCUCGGACGUUCCUUUCCUGCCUUAAAAGGUGUCUUUUAUGAAUAAUCAAAAGCAGCAAAAGCCAACGCUAUCAGGCCAGCGUUUUAAAACUAGGAAAAGAGAUGAAAAAGAGAGGUUUGACCCCACUCAAUUUCAGGACUGUAUUAUUCAAGGUUUAAAUGAAACUGGCAGUGACUUGGAAGCAGUAGCGAAAUUUCUUGAUGCUUCUGGAGCAAAGCUCGAUUAUCGUCGCUAUGCAGAGACACUCUUCGACAUUCUGGUGGCUGGCGGAAUGCUGGCCCCAGGUGGUACGCUGGCAGACGACAUGAUGCAUACAGAUGUCUGUGUUUUCGCAGCACAGGAAGACCUAGAAACGAUGCAAGCAUUUGCUCAGGUCUUUAACAAGUUGAUCAGGCGUUACAAAUACCUGGAAAAAGGCUUUGAGGAUGAAGUCAAAAAGUUGCUGCUAUUCUUGAAAGGUUUUUCAGAGUCUGAGCGGAACAAACUGGCCAUGCUAACGGGUAUUCUUUUGGCCAAUGGGACACUUAAUGCAUCAAUUCUCAACAGCUUGUAUAAUGAGAAUCUAGUCAAAGAAGGCGUUUCAGCAGCCUUUGCGGUAAAGCUGUUCAAAUCAUGGAUAAACGAAAAAGAUAUCAAUGCAGUGGCUGCUAGCCUCCGUAAAGUCAACAUGGAUAACAGGCUGAUGGAACUAUUUCCAGCCAACAAACAAAGCCUUGAACACUUCACAAAGUACUUCACGGAUGCAGGACUGAAGGAACUAUCUGAAUACGUCCGGAACCAGCAAAGCAUUGGGGCUCGUAAAGAACUGCAGAAAGAACUCCAAGAGCAGAUGUCACGUGGGGACCCAUUUAAGGAUAUCAUCUUGUAUGUCAAGGAAGAGAUGAAAAAAAACAACAUAUCAGAACAGACUGUGAUCGGCAUUAUCUGGUCCAGUGUGAUGAGUACCGUGGAAUGGAAUAAAAAGGAGGAGCUAGUAGCAGAACAAGCCAUCAAGCACUUGAAGCAAUACAGCCCUCUCCUCGCUGCCUUCACAACCCAAGGUCAGUCUGAACUGACGCUGUUGCUCAAGAUUCAGGAGUACUGUUAUGACAACAUCCACUUCAUGAAGGCCUUCCAGAAAAUAGUGGUGCUCUUCUACAAAGCCGAGGUGUUAAGUGAAGAACCCAUUCUCAAGUGGUAUAAAGAUGCCCACCUUGCAAAGGGAAAGAGCGUCUUUCUGGAGCAAAUGAAAAAGUUUGUAGAAUGGCUCAAGAAUGCCGAGGAAGAAUCUGAAUCUGAAACGGAAGAAGGCGACUAAGUUGUCAAACUGUCAACAGUAAAGCAAACAGGAGCUGUAGAUAAAAUGUCAUGUCUUGUGUCCUUCUGAUUCUUGCAUCCCUACCUCCCUAUAUCAAGCGUGAUAUAAGGGCUUUCAUGGCAAAUUUAUUUUGGGUUCUCUAUGGGGAGAGAACACUGAAUUUGGGUUUUUUAAAACCAUGUGUUAGUAGCUUACAGGAGCUAUGAAUUUUGAUCCUAACAUUGCAUUAAUCCUUUCAGUUACAUUCUACCUCCUGUAUUUUCUACUGUAACAUAAUUUAAGGCCUUCCACAAUUUGAAUUCAUUUUAUCCCUGGGUUUUCUAUAAAGUUUACAAGUAGACAUGAUUGGGGGGGUGGGGGUGGGAAUUUGUUAUACAAAUUCUGUUUGCAAAUUAAACUGUACAAGUAUCCAAAGUCAAGAGGCCAUGUGUGUGGUUUUGUGAAGGGGUGGGGGAUGGUGUAACUGGACCUGAGAAUUAAUUUGAGUUUUCCCAUAUAAGCCUCUGCAGUUCAGGCCACGGCGCAUUUUCCUUUAACUUUCUGGUUCCUGUAUUCUCGCAGUUUUAAUGUAGUAACGAACUCUGCCUAAUCAAUCGUCAGUUUGUCUGCAAAAUAAGAUUAAAGAAUUAAAAGGCUUGCCACUUUUGAUGUUCAAAUCCCUAAAACAGUUUUAUAUCGUUGACGACAAGAAUAGCUUUUAUCAGGUCCUUUUAUUUUCUCAAUUACAGCCUGCUUGAGGCUGUGGGAAAGCGGCAGUUUUCUUAAUGUGAACAAAGUGAAACUGAAGGAUCAGUAGCUGACCAAUGAAUAAAGAAUUAAAAGAGGACUUGGAAAA